AUGAGGCAUAGUCUACUCUUCGCCGUGGCAACUCUAACAUCAAUCGCUCAGGUGCGUUCACUCAACAUACCGCGGGACAACUUCGUCGAGGGUGGUGAUGAAUUUGGGUUGACGAGAAAGCAGGGCGCGGCUGUCGACAAGAGACAAAACAUCAACAUCGAUGGAAGCGGAAACGUCAACGUAGAGGGUGCCAACGCGGGCGCGGUUGAAGUGAAGACGGUGAACCUUGGAAAUGCUGGAUCUCUGAACAAGGGAGCGAAUGGAGGAGGAUCGGGACAGGGCAACCUCAUCGCCGGCAUCUUGGACGCUCUCAACGGUGGCAGCAGAAACAACCAGGGCAACCGCAAUAAGCCGAACAACGCUUGUCCUCCAGCUCCUCCAGCGCCGCCGCCGGUCACUGUCACGAAGACGAUCUACCAGAAUGCCUCAGUACCUGCGCCGUUGACGGUCUUCGUUACGCAGGCUCCUCCGCCUCCACAGAUCAUCACGCAGUUGGUCACGCAAACGCCGCCCGCUGCUGCUCCGCCUCCGCCUCCGGCUGCUCCCCCAGCUGCUCCUCCUGCGGCCCAGCCUGCUGCUCCGGCCCCCGCAGCACCGCCAGCUGCUCCUGCGGCAUCGAAGGCGCCUCUGGUCAUUCCGGGACCUCCUCCGACAGAUCCAUUCGCUGGCUUGAAAUCGAACCCGCCCCCUGCGGCGGCUCCUGCGGCCACCCCGCCUCCCGCAGCAGCUCAACCUGCUCCGGCUCCCGCUGCCCCUCAACCCCCGGCUGCCCCCCUCGUGGGCAACGCGCCCGCUGUCAGCAAGCCGUCCGCCUCCGUCAACCUUGGCGGCCUCAACGGCAACGGCGCUGCCAACCAGCCCGCUGCAGCAACGCCCGUCGCUCCGAUCGCCGCGAACCCCGCUCAACCCCAGGUCGCCGUCAGCGGCCUUGCAUUGACAAGGUCUCUUCAGCUCGGCAAUCUCUUGCAGGCGACUGCCCAACUCCAGGCUCGUGCGACGCCCCCAGCUUAA